AUUGGCUGAAAAUGUCAAUAUAACGCCCUCUUUUGACGUCUGCCACUUCCGGAUUUCCCAUGCCAAUAACGGAGUUGGAACGCUUUACAGCGAAGUUUGAUUUGGAGGAAAAACAAAGCGAUGUCUGAGCCGGGCGUUCUGACCGAGGUUCCCCCCGCGCUUAAGCGCUUGGCGCAGCAGGUGGUGCGAGGGUUCUACGGCGUGGAGCACUCUCUGGCACUGGACGUUCUGAUCCGGAACCCGUGUGUGCGAGAGGAGGACAUGUUGACCCUGCUUCAGUUUGAGCGUAAACAGCUGCGCUCCGUUCUCAACACCUUGAAGAACGACAAGUUCCUCAAGUGCCGCCUGCGAGUGGAGACCGCCGCCGACGGGAAGACGACUAGACAUAACUACUAUUUCAUCAACUACAGGCUCCUGGUGAACGUGGUGAAGUAUAAACUGGACCACAUGAGGAGGCGUAUUGAGACUGAUGAGAGAGACAACACCAACCGAGCUUCCUUCAGAUGCCCCUGCUGUAUGAGCACCUUCACAGACCUGGAAGCCAACCAGCUAUUCGACCCCAUGACAGGCACGUUCCGCUGUACGUACUGUCAGACGGAGGUGGAGGAGGACGAGGGAGCGGCGCCUAAGAAGGAUGCUCGCACGCUAUUGGCCCGUUUUAACGAGCAGAUUGAGCCGGUGUACGGCCUCCUGCGCCAGACGGACGACAUCAACCUGUCACAUGACCUGCUCGAACCCGAGCCUUGCGAGAUACCCGCCCUCAAGCAGAGUCGUGAGCGUGCGGCAGCAGCAGCGCAGGGUUCUGCACCCCACAGGGAGGCCUGGGCAUCAACAGGUCGCGCCUCUUAUGCAGACCUCUACACACAGCAGGUGGAGAUCAACAUGGAGACGGGGGACGAGGCCCAGCGCCGGUCCGCAUCCGGCUCAGCCUCCGCUACCACGGCAACCGGUGAUGCUGCUGCCAGCGCCAAGCAGAGACCCGUCUGGCUCACACAGAGUACCGUGCAGGGAGCUUACAACGAGUCCGACGCACUCACACACUCAGGUGCUGAUGCGGGGGCGGCCCCUGCGGAUGACGGACAGGCGCGCGGGCUAAUGAGAGACCAGAACGAGGAGGUGAUGCGCGCGCUGCUGAUCCACGAGAAAAGAGCAGGAGGGGCGGCGGCCCCCAACCCCCGGGGACACGCCCCCCACGUGCCUGCGGCCAAUAACAGCGACUCAGACAGUGACACCAGCGAAUCGGAGGACGAGGGACCGGGGCCUGGGGCAGGGUUGGGCGCUGGGGCGGCGGCUUCCUCCUCGCAGCCAAUGGAGGACGAGGAUGAGGAGGAAGAGUUUGAGGAGGUGGGGGAGGAGUCGAUGGUGUAUGUGGGCGGUAAAGCCUACUCCUACAGCGAGGUCAGCCAGAGACCCGAACUGGUGGAGAGGAUGAGCAGUAGUGAGAAGGAGGCUUACAUAGAGAUGGGAAGGAACCUCUAUCAGGACAUGUACUUCUAAACACACACACACACACACACACACACACACACACACACACACACACACACACACACACACACACACACACACACACACACACACACACACACACACACUACAGACUGCCAGAUCCUUGGUCAAGUGCUUUAAUGCAAAUGCACAUUUCUGUUAAGACAACCUCUACACCUCAGUUUCAUGCCAACCCCCCUGUGCUUUUCCCUAGUUUCUUUUUUUUUCCCCAGAUAUGCACA